GAGGCGCGGAGCCUCCGUCGUCUUCGUCUUCGCUUUCACCAGAAUAAGUGGUUGCUUGGCAACAGCACUGUCGUCGUCGUCCCCGAGGGGGUUAUCGGGGGAAGCACCAAGCUCCGUCCAAAACAGCCUUUGCCGUUGCUCUCGUUCUGGAACUUUGCGGGUCGAUCUCGCUGUGAGAAACAGUGCACGAGUAGAGCGAGCGGAGAAGAGGAGAGCGAGAGAGGGAGAGGGAGAGGGAGAGAGAGAAGAAACUGUGUAAGCAAGCAAGCGGAGAGAGAUGGCGUUUUCCGGGACGACGCAGAAGUGCAAGGCGUGUGAGAAGACGGUGUACCUAGUGGAGCAGCUCACGGCUGACGGGGUCGUGUAUCACAAAUCCUGCUUCCGAUGCAACCAUUGCAAAGGGACUCUCAAGCUUGCAAACUAUGCGUCUCUAGAAGGAGUGCUCUACUGCAAGCCACACUUUGAGCAGCUUUUAAAGGUCACUGGGAGUUUUGACAAGAGUUUCGAACACAAGCCUUCUGAAGGAUUGAAAAAGGCUGAGAAAGGAGAGAACAAGGCACCAUCAAAAGCAUCUCUCAUGUUUUCUGGAACUCAGGAGAAGUGCAUUGCUUGCAGCAAAACUGUGUAUCCCAUUGAAAAGACAACGGUGGAAGGCUUGCCGUACCACAAGCAAUGCUUUAAAUGUGUUCAUGGCGGCUGUACUAUCAGCCCCUCCAAUUAUGCUGCUUUGGAAGGACGGUUGUACUGCAAACCUCAUUACUCUCAGCUCUUCAAGGAGAAGGGAAACUACAGCCAGCUGACAAAGGCACCUGCACUGAAGGUGGCUGCCAGCCAAGCAAUCACGGAGUCCUAGAUUUCUUCAACUUGGCGACUCCUGUCUGGACGGAGCCUUUCUAAAUUCAUGCGCAAUUUGCUCUUGAAACGCGUUUCAGAAGGUGUCCUGUGCAGAUGCCUGCAACUGGUCAGGGUAUCUGUUUUACCUUGUUUUUGUUUCUCUGAUUAAUAACUCUUGGAGGCCCAGGGUUCAUCAUCUUGCAAGUCUCAUAACUAUCUUGUAACGCUCUCCAAUGGUGUUGAAAAGAGAUGCCGAAGUUGAAGCUCAGCAAAACCGUGUACUGUGUGCAUUGGUGAGUUUCAGUUCUUCAGAAUGGCAUGAACCAAAAUGAACUUUUUUCUGAGUUAUUCGUUUAAGAUUGGAGAGGUUGUAGUUUGUAGGUUGGAUGUCAUAUUAUUGACCAUGUAUUUCAGAUACAGCGUGUAUCAUGAAUUUGCCAAAUUCUUGGGUUGAAAUUUAUCAAAAGAUGCAGAGCAGUGAGGAAUUGUUUAGUGAAAGUGGAGUGCUAUGAUGUCGUUUAUGAGUGUUUUAAUGUAUGAAUGCCACCUUUUCUUGAGGGCUUC